UUUUUAAGAGCGGCAUUGGAUGCACCGACUGAAGUCAAACUACUUAAAGAAUGGUUGGGGUAUCAAAACCUUGCCUUGCUUGUCAGUUUUGAGGGAGGACAGCUUGUUACCAGGUAAAUGUUGAUACACAUCUAUCAUGAUACAGCAGACUUGUUGAAUUUUUCUUUCAAGAAUAUAAACAUUUUUAGACGCAUAUGGCGGUUGAGAAACACAAAAUAAUAGUUAAAUAUUGACAAUUUGAAUACAAUUAUCAUCGAUGCUGUAAAAUUGACGCCAUAUUUUAUGCAGCAAUAUAAGCAAAACUUACUGAACUUCAGACAUCAUUUUCUCUUUGGCGUACCAUCUAUAAUCUAUUCAUUCUGGCAUGAUUUUACAGAUAAGACACUAAACACACUUUUUAAGUUUGAUUGCCGCUUGAGUAACGUAUUAAAAAUUUAAAAAUUGAAUAUACUCAUAACUUAGUAAUGAGAUGAAUCUCUUUUCGUGUUUUCGAAAUUAUAAUUUCAAACAAUGAUUUCUAUAGGUAUCCACUUGAUGCCAAAGUAGAACCCGGUGCCCGCGCCAAGAAGUUCACGACGGCCGAUGACGACAUUCUCCGAGAGUUAGCGCUCACGUACUCGGAGCACUAUCCCGACAUGCAUAGCGGUCAUGGAUGCAGUUCCAAAACUCCGACCCAGUUCCCCAGUGGGGUCACAAACGGUGCCGGAUGGCGAGAACUUCCCUACAGCCUACAAGAUUAUGCCUACUUAGACCUAAAUAUCCUAACAAUAACCCCACAUAUCCACUGUUGCCACUAUGUAAGCGAAGCUGAACUACCAAAAUUAUAUAAAGACAAUGAACCCUCUCUCCUUGCGAUGUUAGACAAAACCCGCCAAGCGGUCAAAGGUGAUAUUUCGGACAAAUUACGGACACCACUUCGAAAUUCCUAUCUUGCAAUUCAUGGUCGAAAUACUAUCAUAAAUGUGACCAAAGAUUACGGUAGCUUUUACCGAGUGUUACCCCAAGGACGAUAUAAACUUAUCGCGCAUGCGCCUGGAUAUUCGAGUGUCAUCAAAGAGGUUGCCGUUGGUCCUGAAGUCAAAACCAGCGCACUGUUUAGUUUGAAUAAGUUUGUGACGAAUUACAAGUACCAUAAACCGGGAGAAAUUGAGGGAUUACUCGGUGAACUUUCUAAACACUGUAGUGACGUCAUGCGUUUGUACACCAUUGGCAAAACAGUCGACGAACGAUUGAUACAUGUCGUAGAGCUGUCUGAUAAUCCAGGUAUUAUUUUCAGUAUAGUAAUGUUAUUAUAGUAAUACUGUUCAAGCAUUCUUCUAAAAAAUACGCCAAAUGAUACGAGUCACGAAUGUAUGUAGAAGUGUUUCCUCGUUUUACGAAAAGCAAAAAUGGACCCCAGAAUUGAAAUUUCUAUGGUCAAAUUAGUUCAUAUCCAGAAUUUCACGUUGUUUGGACAGUCCGGUCGCGAGUUAUAACGCUUCGAAUAUUAGGUUUUUGGGUAUAGAUUUGACUGGAAUUUGCUUCUGCAGUGACAUAAAGAAACAAAUUUUCAAAGUUUUAUAAUUCGCAACUUAACUGUCCAAACAACGACCUUUCGUGGAUGACAAAUUCAAUUCUGUCGUCCAUUUUUGCCAAAUAUAAUGACAAAAAUUUGACACACUAUUAGUUGGAUUGGAGAAUUAUCUCUGUCUUAAAUUGGAGAAUUGUCUAUGUCGUAAAAUCAUAAACCUGAACUAAGCUAACUGUAUACUCGUCUGACUUAAUUCAAGGUAUCCACGAACCUGGUGAGCCCGAAUUUAAGUACGUUGCGGGCGUACACGGCAACGAGCGGGUUGGUCCAGAAAUGUUACUUCUAUUGGUGCGGUAUUUAUGUAUGAAUUAUGGCAGUGAUGACAUCGUUACGAAGCUUGUGAAUACGACAAGAAUACAUAUACUACCCAUGUUGAAUGUCGACGGGGCGACAAAAGCCCGGGAGGGAGAUUGUACCUCGGAGAUUGGUCACCCCAAUGCUAAUGGCGUUGAUUUGGAUGAUUUCUACCCAGGUGAGAACAGUUUAUAAUUUUCAGAUUUGUUUCACCCAACCAGGGGCGAGACCGUUUUCUUGGACCGUUUUCGUGGUUUAUGACUGAGAUAGAUAGUCUAAUCUCAUAAUGGAUCUCAUUUUUUCUACAGGCAAAUUUAACACCAAGAAAUCACAGCCAGAAACAUCGGCCAUCAUCAACUGGCUAGACAGUCACCAAUUCGUCCUCUCCGCGACCCUUCACGGCGGUACCCUCCUUGCAACCUACCCCUUUGACUCGUCCCAGACUCCUAGUAAUCACGGCGAGGCUGAUGACGCAAUCUUCCAACACCUCGCGUCCGGGUAUGCAAAAGUACACCCCACGAUGCAUUAUGGGCAACCUUCGUGCCCAGGCCUUGCCGUGAACGAUAAAUUUCCCAAAGGAAUCGCGCCUGGAUCAAAGUGGAAGUCCAAAAUUAGUUCAAUGAAGGAUUAUAAUUAUAUGCAGAAGAAUUGUUUCGAGGUCUCUAUCUAUUUGGGAUGUUGUAAGUUUCCGUAUGCCAAUACGUUGCAGAACUUCUGGGCGGUGAAUAAGAAGCCUUUGAUUUACUACAUGUAUCAGGUAAGUGGAAAAAAUUUUAUGCGGCGGCAUACAAAAUUUUUUUGAAACAAAAUUUUUCUACGGCGGUAUACAAAAUUGUUUUUAAACAAAAUUUUUCUACGGCGGUAUACAUUUGCGCUAUUCAAGCAAAAAUUUUUUUAGAAUGAUUUGCAAAGAAUCACAGCGCUCAUAUAGGUUUUUAUUUUGAACCCAACAAGUUUCUAGCAAAUAAGGAUUAUUUUAUUGAAAAUAUCGAUAUCAUUUCAAGGUCCAUCGUGGAAUCAAGGGAUUCGUCAUGGACGAAAAUAACAAACCUCUCCCUGGGGCUACCAUUAAAAUAACUGGCCUGGUUCAUACCGUCCGCUCGGGAAAGGACGGCGAUUAUUGGCGACUACUUACGGCCGGCUUAUAUCAAGUGACGGCUUCUGCCGAACACUACGAGAAGGUCACGAAGGAAGUCCGAGUAGCCGACGCUCUUAAAGCCACUGUUGUGAGCUUCCGAUUAGCGAAAGGUAAACCCAUUCCUAAAAAAUCGAUGUUGUUCUUCGGGAUGAAACAUUUGCCUUUGAUAGCAAUUGCGUGUCUAAUUGGGAUAAUAGUAGCUCUAACGUUGUUUGGGCUCGUCCGGUUUUUGCGGCGACACGAAAGGCGGAAAGAUUUUGCCAAACGGAACGGGCGAAAUGCUUACAAAGAUGAGUACGAAAGGGAGGUCGCUCUGAAAUCGUUUAAUUCGAAAGCGUUGCUAAGAAACGAGUACAGUGACGACAGCGAAGAAGAUGAGUUGGAAGAAUACGUUGUCCAAGGACGAUCUUAUAGGAAGUCGUAAAUGUAUCAAUUAUUUUUAAAUUAAAUCAUGGAAUUAAUUAAUAUUUAAUCAAAAACUGUGAUACUAUAUAUGUUAGCAAGGUUAGAGAUUUCAGCGUAGCUGCAGGGUCUUGGGUAGAAGGUGAUUUUGAUGUAUUGAAAUAAAUCACUAGGCUUAAACGAAAAUUCAAACGCUGGUUUGUCGAGCAGCAUGAUCUCUUCCCAAAAUUAAGGUUAUGUCUUAAUUGUCAAAAAGCGCUCAGAUUAAGAAAUUGCCUUAAUUUGAACCCUAUCUCUAACCUUAACCCCGACCCUUAUCUGAUCUUAAUCUGAUCCUAAUCUAAAUCUGACGAACUUUUCCCCUUCUUUUGGAAAGAGAUCAUGUUGUGUCGAGAAGAUCUCGUAGUUUAAAAAGAUUAUUGUUGCUGCUUGAACAGCCUUUCGUUUACAAUUAUACUACAGUCUAUCACAAAAAAAAUAAUGUAGUUUUGCCGAAUUGUGCGCCGUGACUUAUUUCAAUACAUCGAAAUCAUCCCGACUCGUCCCAGCAUAGCGGGAUCAUGUAGAACAGCCCCUCAGAAAUGCCAAACAACUUCAUGGCUUUGAAAUUUAAAAACAAAUCAAGCAAUAAAUUUCUAUUCUCGGGUUUUUCAAUCACGUGAUGUUUUAGCAUAUUACUCAAGUACACACGUAAAAAUUUCACAACUUGUCAACAAGAUGUGUUCGCAACAGGUUUGUAGCAAGCUUGUCAACAAGUUGUAACAAUGCUGUUGUUUUAUCAAGUUGCUACAAGCUUGUCACUCACAACUUGUUGACAAAUUGUUGAAUUGCAGGACGAUAACAAGUUGUUGGAAAACUUGUAACAAGUCUGUUGAACUCAACAACCUUGUAGCAAGUUGUCAACAAGCUGGGAACAAGCAGUGCGAACACAUCCUGUUCACAAGUUGUUGCAACAGCAUUGCUACAAGUCAGCUGCAGGUUUGUUACAAUUUGUACGUUUUUACGUGUGUAGGGGGGGGGGGGCAACCAUUGAACUGAGGUCAACUAAAACACCGAAGACACAAAAUAGCUGUCAACGCAUCUUAUGUAAAUGCGUUCUCUGACUAUUGUAAAAGCCAAUGUAAACAAUAUAAAAGCUGUCCGUUACCCACAGACCCACUUGAGAUGAUGUGACGUCGAAUAAACCCGAGAAUAAAUUUAUUGAACCAUAAAUUUAUUGAACCACAACAGGUUAGAAAGGACAUCAUGUGUUCCUUUUUAACGGUAAUUUAUAAGUAGCAAUGACAGCCUAAUGAAAUGUGUAUUAUAUAAUAAUAUUAUUUUCAAUUCUGUAAUCAAAGAAUGAAUAAAAGUGAAAUUUUAUCUUUUUAAUGUACAAGUUAAUACUAGAUAUCAAUAUGAUAUAUUUAAUAUCAUUUUUGUACACAACUUAUUCAGUAAACCAGCUCUGUGUAUCCGAACAACGUUUUAGUCGGCGGGAUAAAACUAGCCUGUGAACACAGUCGAGACUCGACAGUAACGUCUGUUCACAGGCUAGGAUAAAACCUCUUUCAUUUUUUGCGAGUUUUAAGCCCCUUGGGAGCACACAAUAAGUGAAUAAUAUCGCCCGUAACAAUGCGUGAAUUGUUUUUACAAAACUUAACACAAGCCAUUAACCCAUGACUAACUUUAUACCUAUUUCUCCAACUCGAUAAUUCCAUGCGCAAAAACCCAAAGGAAACAAGCACCGCAAUGUUGUCUGAUACAAUGGUAAUAAUGUCCAUAAAUUAACUUGAAUUUUUCUUUAAAUACAAAUCCGUUUGAGAAGUAAUGUAAAAAUGUAUGUGAAAACACGGCUAUAGCCAAGGAUUAUACAUUAUAUCUACGCAUCUAUUCUACUGAGGCCGGUUGUACGAAGGUCGGAUAGCGCUAUCCAUCGGAUAGUGAUUUUUUCAACCUUUGUAAAAUGCUUGAAAAACUGUGAAACUGCGGAUAUAGACGAGACAAGAAGUAUAAAAAACAUUUAACUUAUAAAUACUAAACUUUAAUACGAGUUAUACCAAUCAACGACUGAUUUAACAAAGCUUGAAAAAUCACUAUCUGGUGGAUAGCGCUAUCCGGCCUUCGUACAACCGGCCCCAGGUAUGUACAGAUUGAAAAUUUGAAAUCCCGUCCACCAUUGUAUGUGAUAUUCACAAUUUUCUACCUUCUUUUCUGUUCACCUGUGACUUUCGUAUACUCCCAAAACUUUCCAUAUCUCUGCCCGUCUCUGCUCCCAUUGAUGUAUACCCCUCCUCUAGAGACCGCUGUGCAGCCGGGCGUUGGCGCCCAGGCUUAUCUAUGUACACGUCAUUAUUAAUGUCUAUCCCAUAAGCCUUCACUUCGGCUGGGGACAGUCCUUGCACUGAAUCAACGAAUUUCCCGAUGCUGUUGGUGUCCACUGCGUCAUAAUUUGGCUCGUUGGACUCCAUGGUGUUGUCUAUUGACUUCGUUUCAUCGUUUAGGCCGUUGUGAAACUCUUCGGACCCAGGAACCUAAAACGAGUUUUUGUUAAGCUCCAGUCAAACGAGAUGUUGAUGAGAGUUGCAAUUCUCGCUCGCGUUUGACCACAACUCUCAUCAACUCUCAUGAAUUGCACUCUCGUCAACAUAGCGGUAAUAUCCUGUCAACUCUUAUCAACUCCCAUGCAACUCCUAUUCUCGUUUGACCGGGUUGCCAACUCUCAC